GGUACAAAGUGCAUAAUAAUUAAGCUUCUUUGAUUAGAUGCCUAUCCUAUGUUUUGUAGCCAACUUUAUCUGAAUUCCAACCUGCCAACCGACUGAAAGUGCUGCGGUGCAUUAUGGUCUACAUAGUCCACACGCACAUUUGUCACAGAAGUAUGUAAGUUCAGUACGUGUAAUCAAACUACAGUUUCGUAGUGCUACAGUAAUUGGCAGAACGCGACCCUUGAGACGCAACAUGUAGCCAACGGGGAUAGUUCGAAUUGGUUUUUUUAGGUUUCGGUAACAAACUUAUGGCUGAAUUUUGGUGAUUUGAGCUGACAUCACAACAGCCUUUCACUUCCUUUUUAGUUGUACUUUUCCUUGUCGCCUGCUAUAUAGUCUGUUCCGCAAAAGGUUAAUUUGCGCAUAACACGCACAGGCAACUUCACAAAGGAAGUGUCACUUGAAAGUAGUUCUACUCCAGCGAGUUUAUGUGAGACAGUCAAGAGGACUUCUGCAGCGCUAGGAAGGGUCAGCCAAGCGGCGCAACACCUGCUGCAUUCUGCAGAUGAAAGUAUUGAUGUGUAGCCUAUUUGCUUGCUCUGGCGAGGGUAUGGAAAUCUAAGAGACUUUGAAGGGAAAUACUCCGUUUUGUAAAAGCAUUGGAUUGUGACAUUUUUCAUUUCUAAAAAAAAAGGACUAAUGUGUAGGUGCGCAUUUUUCUUUUUUGUUGAUACUGAAGAAAUAUGAAGUUUAACGGUAACCUAAAGCUGAGAAUUGGGGAGGCGGUGGAUUUGAAGCCCACCAGCACCGCGCUCAGACACACCGUCAUGUUCAACAAGACGAACCAGACCCUUGACCCUUACAUAGUGGUCAAGGUUGACGAGUUCAAAGUCGGACAGACUAUCACAAAGCUGAAGACCAACGUGCCCACGUACAACGAAGAAUUCGAUCUGAACGUGAACAACGGUAAGCAGAUCGAACUGACCGUGUUUCACGACACGCCCCUCGGCUACGACGACUUCGUGGCCAACUGCUCAAUCCAGUUCCAGGACCUGAUGAAGACCACUAGCACCGACGAAUCCUUCGAGGGAUGGAUUGACCUGGAGCCUGAGGGAAAGGUGUAUAUUCAGAUUACACUCACAGGCUCCUUUACUGAUGAGGAGGCGACGACGCGCGCCCUGCGUGCCCGUAAGGAGUUCACGCGGGAGCGGCAGGGUGCUCUGAGGAGGCGAAUCCACCAGGUCAACGGGCACAAGUUCAUGUCCACCUUCCUCAAACAGCCCACCUUUUGUUUCCACUGCAGAGAGUUCAUAUGGGGUAUGUUUGGGAAGCAGGGUUACCAGUGUCAAGUGUGUACCUGUGUGGUCCACAAGAGGUGUCAUCAGCUAGUGGUGAUAGUGUGCCCACGCAUGAAGAAGCCUGCCAAGGAACCGACCACCAACCAGGGCUUCAGUAUAAAUGUCCCCCACAAAUUCAGCGUCCACAACUACAAGGUCCCCACCUUCUGCGACCACUGUGGCUCCCUCCUGUGGGGCCUCGUGAAACAGGGCCUCCACUGCAAGAUGUGUAAGAUGAACGUGCACAUCCGCUGUAAGGGCAACGUGGCCCCCAGCUGCGGGGUGAACAGUGUGGAACUGGCCAACAAGCUGGCGGAGAUGGGGCUACAACCAGGAGACGUGGGGAAGCGCAACUCACUGAGUCAAGCAUGUGGUGGAGUAUACGGUCGUGAGCCCAGUCUUAGGAGAGCAGACUCACACACACACUCCACCGACCAGGGCAAGCUCCUGGGUAUCUCAGACUUUACCUUUCUGCAAGUGCUCGGCAAGGGAAGUUUUGGCAAGGUGAUGCUGGCCCGCUUGAACAGCGGUGAGCGUGUGUUUGCAGUGAAGGUGCUGAAGAAGGAUAUCAUCCUGCAGGACGAUGACGUGGAGUGCACCAUGACAGAGAAGCGAGUGCUGUCCCUCGCACGCACCCAUCCAUACCUCACUAAACUCUACUGCUGCUUUCAGACCCCAGACCGGCUGUUCUUCGUGAUGGAGUUUGUAAAUGGGGGAGACCUGAUGUUCCACAUCCAGAAGUCCAGGAAGUUCGAGGAGGGCCGAGCGCGUUUCUACUCGGCAGAGAUCACCUCAGCGCUCAUGUACCUGCACAGCAAAGGCAUCAUCUACAGGGACCUGAAGCUGGAUAAUGUGCUCUUGGAUCAAGAUGGCCACUGUAAAUUGGCUGACUUUGGCAUGUGCAAGGAGAACAUGUUUGACGGCCUCACCACAUCAACCUUCUGCGGAACACCCGAUUAUAUUGCUCCAGAGAUCCUGCAGGAGAUGUUAUACGGCCCCUCGGUUGACUGGUGGGCCCUUGGAGUGCUCCUGUAUGAGAUGCUGUCUGGCCACGCCCCCUUCGAGGCCGAGAACGAAGAUGACCUGUUUGAAGCCAUCCUCAACGAGGAGAUCACCUACGCCCCCUGGCUCAGCAAAGACGCUGUCAACAUCCUCCAAGAGUUUCUGAUAAAGAACCCCACUCGGCGCCUGGGCUGCGUUGCUGCGGACGGCGGGGAGCAGGCCAUCGUGAGCCACACCUUCUAUACUGACAUCAACUGGGACAAGCUGAGCAGACGGGAGAUCGAGCCUCCUUUCAAGCCCAGAAUUAAAACUCCAGAGGACGUGAAUAACUUUGACCCUGACUUCACGUCGGAGGAGCCCGUCCUGACGCCCAUAGAGGAGCUCCUCAUUCCCCAUUCCAGCCAAGAGGAGUUCCGAGACUUCUCCUUCACCUCAGAGGAGCUGUUGGCCAUGUAAGGGGACCAGACAGAGGAGGAGGUGGAUGGCAGAGAGACAGAGGAGGAGGUGGAUGUCCCUCAUUCAUGCCACUCUGCUGCAGACUGGUUGUCUGUGUGUUGCACAGGCUGAAGGAUACUCAGAUCAGAAGCAGCAUAAUCACCUAGCAGUCGAAGGUCUCCAAACAUCGUUGCCCAAAGUGUAUUCUGACAAUGUUAAAUUAUUCUGUCUUUUUUGUGCCCUUUUUGGACAGAUAAACACACACACACACACACACACACACACAUAUACACACACACACACACACACACACACACAUAUAUGAUGAUUAGGUGUAUCUGUUUGAGAAGGUUCUGUGACCCACUGUGACGAUUUUUGUGGCGAUAUAUUUUUGGAUUCGGAGUCUCUGCUCCCACAAACUAAUCUCCAGCUGGAGAUGAACAGGAGUCAGGAACAAAAGGCAUUUAUUCAUCAUCCUGUGAGUCAUGCACAUGGGGUGGUUAGCUUGUUAGCCCUAAUAGCAUGCACAUUGCACAGUUAGCCUGUUUCCCUCUGCAUUGCUCUUUACAGGCUCGUUAUGAACCCUUGGGUGGCCCAUUAGCCUAGACGCUGCUCAAACUGAGCACGAAUAGCUCACAGUAAUCAAGACCAAAAUGAUUCCAGUCUCUAAAAACAGAGCACAAAUAAAUUUAGGAAACCUGGAGGUAUCAUUAUGUUCAUAAUGUCCAACGUCCAGCCUGCCAAGGGGAGUAAUGUAAUUCAGUCGUACAUAGAUGCUGAUAAGAGGCAGUCGGCUCUAGAUGUCUGAUCCUCAUCACGGCGGAAUGAUAGUAAGCUACUGAGAUCUCUGCUCCUGGCAUUGUGCCUCAACUAUUCUUGUGUUCGACGAAAGCCAGGUUUAACCUGGUACUGUGAGGUUACAACCAAGAAACCAUGUCAGUCAAGUCAAAGUUCGAGUGGAAAUUCAGUGAGAUGAAGUGCAGCGCCUGAGCUGUAAUGUAUUCUGAAAUGAAUAUUAAGGUCACCUCAUCUCUGUGUAAUACGUCUGGGAUUCCCAGACUGUGGGAGUGAUGAAGAGAGGAUGUGCGUUAAAUCAGAUAAGUGAUUUUAUUAGACUCCUCUUUCAUGAGAUCCAGUCAAACUGGCAUUUGUGUUACUCUCAGACAAUUCCUCAUCGUUCAGCUGAAAGUGUUUUGCCAGAUUUUGAAUGUGCCUGUGAACAGCGUGAAUUGUGAAUUCAAAGUUCCUGAAGGUUCACUUUAGAAGUGGGCGUUUUUUUCUCUCUCAGGUAUUUGCCUGUUAUUGAUAUUUUUAUUAAUGUUAUUUUUAUACUUGAUUUUCAUAAUAUCAGAACCUAGAACUAUUUUGUGUGUCUGUGGUUUGUGAGAUUGACAAUUGAAUAGCUGACAUGGAGCAUCUCAUUCAACCCUAGUUGUUAUCCUAGUCUUGGCGAUCAAUCUGAAUAAUGGUCAACAAUGGUCUGCCUCCUUUAAAAAUGAUGUGAACACGACUAUACCCCAGUAAACCCAACAUCCAUUUAGUCCCAUAAUGCAACUCUCUGUUUGUCGCAGCCAUGGAGACACACAGGGCUUCCCCUGUUUUCAGUUAGUUCUGUGGUCUUGGUAUGAUGCGCUUCGUAUCGGACUUCCUACAGGGUUUACAAAGGAACAAAGGUGAUCCUUUCUCUCAAAGACUUUCUUUUCAAACCUGUUGAUGAUAAAGUGUCCUUUCCCAAAGAAAGCCACCCUCACACAAAUCUUGAAGAGGAAACCUACUGCCCUGUUUUUGACCCUUGGGAUUUACUUCAGGUGGCCAUCAAUGACCUUUGGGUAGAUGGGUGUAGUAGCUAGCAGAGCUAGCAGAAGGGCUAACAGCUCAGCUAGUGCACAACAAAAAGAAAUGGAUGCUGAAAUCUAGUUUCAUGAGAGUUUGGACAAUGUGGGGGAAACUCAUUUGCUUACCCCUCAGGAGUUCAUUGGUUAGUAGCUAUUGUUUCUGACAUGUUAAUGUAUUAUUAAAGCCAUUCAAACCAGCCGUGAAUGAUUUAAUGUAUGACAUGGUCGCGUGUGACAUGUUUAAUUGACUGUAGAAAUGACUGGCAUCCCCUCUCAGGUCCAGGGUAGCGUUUGCGGAAGAGGAAAUUGCAACAAUAACACUGCUCUAACAGCUUACUGUAAUCUGAUUCAUAGAAGAUGGUGAGAAUUCGUUUUUCCCCCACAUCUACCUUAGUCCGACCUUCUUUAAGCUGCACACCAACCACAAUCAAGUGUUGUUUCUGUCCAUGCCUUUUGCUGAAUUAAUAAACAGUGCCCAUUAUAUCUGUACAUAAAGUAAAGAAAGUAAAAUGUUAAUUAUUAAUAAACAGUACACAUUACCCCUUCA